AUGAACAUUCUGUUUCUUUCUUUGCUCUGGCCUGCUGUAACCAGCGCUGCAGCUUGUAAGCCAACCUCCCCUAAAUCGAAAGCCGCUUGCAAGUUGGCCGCCAAUAACACUGUGGAGAUGAGUGUCGGCUUUGGUUACAAUGGGGACUGUGCUCCAAGUACCGGAACUCUCAAAGGCUUCAUGAUCUUUGUUGACUUUUCCGAUGCCGAACCUGCUCAAGGCGAAACUCCCCAAUCGCUCUACGAUGCUGUAGUCCCCCAAACAGCCGAAUGGUACAAGCAAGCCUCUUAUGGGGCCCUUUCCCUGGAUAUUGCGGCCGAUAUGUCCAGGUUCUACCGCAUGCCCAAGUCUGCUGCAUCGUAUGGCUGGGAGCGAGGUCUCACAGCGCCAGAACAUCAAGAAUACAUCCAGGAUGCCCUCGACGCCUACACAGCCGAAGGCACUCGCUCUCCGCCUCCCGAAUCAGACGUCCUCUAUGUUGUUCCCGUGAACAGCGUCGGUGGCAGAGGUAUCUCUCGGUCCAUUACUUAUGUUUCACGAACCAACACUAGACAGGGUGAUCAUGUUGCCCGAAAGACCGUCACCGUUGGCACCGACGCAUUUACAGGUUGGGGAACAAAGAGCUGGAAGGUAUUGGCUCACGAAACCGGACACACCAUGUGCUUGGCCGAUUUAUACCCCUUUGAGGAUCUUGGGCUGGGCUACUACGUUGGUGGAUGGAGUGCCAUGGGAGACCUCUCUGGCAUUGCUCCUGAUUUCUUUGCCUGGGAUAAGUGGCGCCUGGGUUGGAUUAACGACAGCUCUGUCGCCUGUGUUUCGGAGCGAGGAACUACUCAGCACACUAUUGACCCACUAGAACUGAAUAUUUCUGACAAUGGCGUCAAGGCUGUUAUCGUCGCCGCCAAUCAAACCUCCGCACUGGUCGCAGAGGCCCGUACAUCCGAGGGUCUUGACUCAGGUGUAUGUGCCCCUGGCGUCUUGCUGUACACAGUUGAUACCUCGAUCAAGACAGGCUAUGGCCCUGUCCGUGUUGCUGAUGUGACCCCGGGAUCAGGUGGCUGCGGCGAUAGUGCCUAUGACAAGAGUGAUGGAACGCUAUCCCUGACCCAGGGUGGAGUGAGCUCGUAUAAGGUUCCUGGCUGGGGUGUUCAAAUUACUGUAUUAAAGCAAACGGAGAAGAGCUAUAGUAUUCGAGUUGAUGCUGGGCUAUAG